AUGUCUAACGCUGAGCUGGCCACUUCCUACGCGGCGCUGAUCCUCGCCGACGACAAUGUCGAGAUCACCGCCGACAAGAUCCAGACGCUCAUCAAGGCCGCUAACGUCGUCGAUGUCGAGCCUAUCUGGGCUUCAUUAUUCGCCAAGGCUCUUGAGGGCAAGGACGUGAAGGACCUUCUCUCGAACGUCGGCUCGGGCGGCGGUGCCGCUGCCCCUGCUGCUGGCGGCGCUGCUGCCGCUGGUGGUGAGGCCGAGGAGGUCAAGGAGGAGGCCAAGGAGGAGGAGAAGGAGGAGUCGGACGACGACAUGGGUUUCGGUCUCUUCGACUAA